AUGGCGCUGAAGAAGAAAGGUCCGCCGAAACGGCUAGCGGCCGGGCGACCACCAAUUCUGCAGCGAUCCAAGUCAAUAUCAAGAAGCGCGACUAAGGCUCUCAUCAACAAACACCAUCUCCUGCAGAAACGGAAGCGACAGGCUGUGGUCAAGGGCAACAAGGCCGAAGAGGCGACUAUCGAUGCUGAGAUUGAGGCCCUAGGAGGAAUUGAGAGCUAUCAGGAAGCCAGCUUGCAAGGCCAACGGCAUGAUCGAGGGGGUGAUAGCUCGCGGGUUCUCAUGCAGUGGCUUGAAGGGUGUCUCUCAUCUCAACCAGCUGGCUCGAAACACCGUUUUCGGAUGUUAGAAGUCGGCGCGCUGAGCACACAGAAUGCUUGCUCCAAAAGCGGAUAUUUUGACAUUGAGAGGAUCGAUCUCAACAGCCAAGGGGACGGCAUCGUGCAGCAAGACUUCAUGAAACGCCCGUUGCCACAGGGCGAACCGGGCCUUUUCGACAUCAUCUCCCUCUCCUUGGUUCUAAACUACGUCCCCGAACCGAAAGACCGAGGAGAGAUGCUCCGCCGAACAACCCAGUUUCUUCGGACUGCAGGACGGUACAUCGAUUCCCCCGAUCUAACUCCCUACUUCCCGAGCCUUUUCCUUGUUCUCCCGGCACCAUGUGUGACGAACUCUCGGUAUUUGGACGAAGAAAGAUUGGUCGCCCUCAUGGGGUCUCUGGGGUACGCGAAGGUCGAGUCUAAAACGACGCAACGUUUGGUUUACUACCUCUGGAGAAAGGAACCCACCCAAAAGAGGACCCGCGACCGCUUUCCCAAGAAGGAGAUCCGAGCGGGUUCAACACGAAACAACUUUGCCGUUGUCCUGGAUUGA